AUGCCGGUGCAGUGGCGCGCGACUGCAAUUAAAAUGGCUGCCACGCUUGUACACAUCCUCCACUCGCACGGCGUUCUUCUUCUUGCUCUCUGGUGAGGACGGCCGAGAGUACAACGACUUCUUGGGAGUCGUCGGCGGGGAGAGGUUUUUGUUUUUUUUCUGACGGAAACGCGCCGGGCGUUAUGCUGCUCUCGCAGCGCGGCUCCACGCCGGCUAACCUUCAGCAAGCAGCAGCCAAAGAGGACAUGCUGACGUUCGACGACGUGUACCGGCUGAACUCCGUGCUCGGCAGCGGGGGGUUCGGCACCGUCUACUCGGGGGUCCGCAUGGCCGACAGUGUGCCGGUGGCAGUGAAGCAUGUCUUCAGGGACAGGGUAACUGAGUGGGGCUCUUUGCGUGACGUCGCUGUGCCACUGGAGAUCAUCCUGUUGAAGAAGGUGGGCGAGACCUUUGGUGGCGUGGCGCAUCUCCUGGACUGGUGGGAGCGUUCUGACGGCUGGCUGAUUGUGAUGGAGCGCCCCGAGUCGGCCCAGGACCUUUUCGACUACAUCACCGAGCGCGGUGCUCUGGACGAGGCGGCGGCCCGUGGCUUUUUCUCCCAGGUGCUGGAGGCGGUGCGUCACUGCUACACGUGCGGCGUGGUCCACCGCGACAUCAAGGACGAGAAUCUAGUGGUGGACCUGAGGACCGGACAGAUCAAACUCAUUGACUUUGGCUCGGGGGCGCUGCUCAAAGAUGGACUUUACACAGAUUUCGAUGGCACGAGGGUGUACAGUCCACCGGAGUGGAUCCAGCUCAGACGGUACCACGGCCGCUCGGCCACCGUGUGGUCGCUCGGUGUGUUGCUAUACGACAUGGUGUGCGGUGACAUCCCCUUCGAACACGACGAGGACAUCCUGAGAGGACGGCUCUUCUUCAGAGGCAGCGUCUCUGCAGAAUGCCAGCAGCUGAUUGGCUGGUGUCUCAGCCUGGAGCCCCGCGAUCGUCCCACCCUGGAGCAGAUCCUCCUCCACCCGUGGAUGACGUGUAGCAGGGAGCAUGAGGAGGAGAGCGUCACGGACCACACCAGCAAAGACGACUUGUCGCCAUCGUCCUCUCAGGAAAGCGUCUGAUUGGACAAUGUCAAACAGGUGGACGUUUUCAGGUGCUGUCCCCACGGGAAGCAGUAGUCCAUGUGUCCACAUGACCUGUGGACCACUGCUUUUCGAGGACAAUGCCCUGUCGUUAGAAAUAUGCAAUAUUACCUCCCAUGUUUUCCAGAUUGUUUACCUGCAGAACAGGAAGUGACCUUCAUUACAUGUCCUUGUACAUCUUAGAGGCGUGGCCUUUCAGGCGUUUGAUUGACAACUUUUUUGGAAGUGUCCUAUUUGUGGAUGUGUCUUUGCAUGGUGCUCCACCAUGUCUUGGCCUGCUCUCUCUGAAAGUGCAUGUAAUGAAACUUCCAACCUAAGUAAGCUUGGAGUUAUGUUGUCACAAAUCAAUCAGCUGACAUUCUGGAAGCGUCUUUAUUUGUUCAGCUUUGUUUUGUUUCUGUAGACCAGAAAAAAAACUGUCCAAAAAUGUUGAAGCUGACAAAAGUUUCUUGUUCACUUUAUUUCACUGCAAUCAUUUUGUGCCAUUUUUGUUUGUUCCACAUGCACAGUCAAUGCAAUGAUACUUUUGUAUUUAGGAUAUAUUCUAUUUUCUUUUAUGUGUGCAUAUUUUGUACAAGUUUUUUUUUUUACUUGUGAAGAGAACAUUCCUCACCAUUCUUUAUUUAUAUUUUCACUUUUCUGAAAGGUUUUGUUUUUAAAAAUGUUUUUUCAAUGCUGAGCUGCAACCUACAUUUAGUUUUUGUAUGUUAGAACUGAUUCCAAUUGUAAAAACAAAGUUACUGUAUUUUUGUUACGCGUUUUUCUAAUUAAACCAUUUUGUAGAGAAGGUGA